CGAAUCAUGACGCCCCUGCUCGGAGCCUUGGUGACCAUCCUCUGCAUUAGCGCAGCGUCCUCCAGGGAAAUUGUGAAAUUAGAACGAUGUGACGUUCCGGACAAGGCGCUGCUGGAUCAAAAACUGGACAAACUCUUCAGUCAGCUUCCCGAAGAAUAUGUUGUCCCAAGCACGGGGGGUGAUUUCCUAAUACCAAAGGCCAUCUUCCUGGGAAGCACGACCAUCCGCGGGCUUGACCGCCUCGAACCCGACAGGCCGUACAAAACAUACUGCCGAGGACAGGACAAGAUCACACUGUUCAGCCUCCGCUCCCGAUACCCCCUGAGGGUGUCCAUUCCUUGGAGUCUCUGCUCGGGACACAACGGAACUGUCGUCAGCAAUGCGCGUAACGUGAGGUACGAAGGCGAACUGGUCACCAGCAAGUCUGUCGACGGCGGCACCUCCUCAAGGAUCGAGAAUUUGUCGACGGUGCUGCUGGAAAGUUACGACGUUGGGUUUAGAGGUGCAGGUAAUAGUGUUGACACUGCUGUUAACAUAAUAGGCCACAUGUUCUCCGGACCGGUUAGGCUCUACUGGACUGAGGAGACGAACAGGAAUGUCCGGAGGGCUCUGAGCGACUCUUUGGAAGCGGAGCAAUAAAUUUGGUUUUCCAAUCCCGA